AUGUCAAUCUUCCAUAACUCAACCUUCCCCACUUUCCUCCUGACGGGAGUGCCUGGACUUGAAUGGGCUCAUGUCUGGAUCUCCAUUCCCUUCUGCUGCCUCUAUUUAACUGCUCUCUCUGGGAAUACCUUGAUCCUAUUUGUAGUCUUCACUGAACCUAGCCUUCAUGAACCUAUGUACUACUUCCUGUCUAUGUUAUCUACCACUGACAUUGGCUUAUGCAUCUCUACUCUGGUAACAGUGCUUGGAAUAUUCUGGCUCAAUGCCCGGGAGAUCAGUUUCAAUGCGUGUUUAUCUCAGAUGUUCUUCAUUCACCUCUUCACGGUCAUGGAGUCUUCCGUGCUCCUGGCUAUGGCCUUUGACCGAUUUGUGGCCAUCUCUAACCCUUUGAGAUAUGCUACCAUCCUAACUCACGCAAGGAUUGCACAGAUUGGUGUGGCAGUUGUUACCAGAGGGACUGUGAUUCUGGCACCGUUGGUCCUGCUUCUUAAGCGCCUAUCAUUCUGCCGCAACCACGUGCUCCACCACUCCUAUUGCUUCCACCCUGAUGUGAUGAAACUCUCCUGUUCAGACACAAAGAUCAACAGUGCAUUUGGGUUAACUGCAAUCAUCUCUACUGCUGGUGUGGACUCCAUCUUUAUCUUACUCUCUUAUGUCCUGAUCAUUCGCUCAGUUCUCAGCAUUGCAUCUCCAGAGGAAAGAAAAAAGGCCUUCAGCACCUGCAUCUCUCAUAUCACUGCUGUGGCCAUAUUCUACAUCCCUUUGAUCAGCCUAUCUUUUAUUCACAGAUUUGGGAAACAUGCUCCACCCUAUGUGCCCACCCUCAUUGCUAACAUAUACUUACUGAUUCCUCCUGUGAUGAACCCCAUUAUCUAUAGUGUGAAAACAAAGCAGAUUCAGAAAGUCAUGCUUAAACUUUUAUGUUCCAAAGGAACUCAUAUAUAA